CGGCGGCGGUCAAACACACCACCACUCACGGCGGGCAGUGUGCCUUGGUACGGUGGCUACCCCGUCGUGGAUUUGGAGCCCAAGAGCUGAUAUGCGGGGUUCUAUCAUGUGGCGCCCGUGGCGAAGACAUCCAACCGCAGCACCCGCCGAAGACGUCGAGCUGCAGCUCCGGCAAGGGACGCGGCAACCCCACUGUGCGGCGGCAGGGGCAGUAGAAGGAGGAGGAGCACGAGAUGCUGGCAGUACCGGCAACAGCAAGAACGUUCGCCGUCACAUCCACCAGCGCCGAGGAAAUGCUUUACGAAGGACGCCGAGGUUCUUCGGUACGAGGGAUCAAGAUACGGUUUGGAUCGGGUUGGCAGUUGUGCUUUUCUUUCCGGUGCUGCUCGUGUUGGUGAACGUGAUGAAGAACAGGCGCAUCAGCGGCGAGCUUCGGUGGGACAAGCUCUACAUGCACGCCGUCGUAGACGACGAGGAGCAUUGGAACCUCGGAUGGCGCUUGGAGGACCUCGCCAAACAGACCCUCAACCAGCGGGCCAGGAUGGCCGUCCUCCUAGAAACCCUGAAAAGCACCCCUGUACCAGACGUCAAACACAGCAGCGUUUUCUCUAUCCCGAAAGCUGCCAAGGCUGCGGCGGCAUGGGUUAGAGGGGGGGGAGGUGGGACUGCGGAGGGUGCGCCAGGGGAAGCCGAGGGGGAAGAUGAGGGAGGGGGGGUGUCCAGGGCGGUUUCGUUCUCCAAGGUCUUUUCGGAGGAGGAGGACUUGAAUCGCGUGGUUGCCAUCUCCUGCGCCACGAGACCGAACGUGUAUGUGCAGGUGGGCAUGCACCCGAUGGUGGCUUCAGCGGAAGCUGGCUGCAAGGUCUACUCCGCGGCGACUUCGCUCGACCCCCACGCGCUCUUCGAGAAGGUCGGAGCGCCAGAGAUUGGCCUGCCGGAGGUGUUCCAGAUGCGCGACGGUAUGGUGUACAGCGAGGUCAUGCAUGGCUACCUCUCGUGCUCUGGGGCUGGGGCAGAAGUGUCUCACAAGGCCGUCGAGCGGGCGAGGCUUCUGAGAGACGUGUCGAGAGCAGUGAACGACAGGCAGCAGCGAGAGGCCGACGAGUACAUCAAGGCCCGUGUAAUACCCUCUGCGACUGCAUCGCAGCCCAUGCGUUAACAGUAUCCUCCACCGAAGUUGACACCAAGGGAAAUCCGGACAAGCGUGAUUUUUGUCCCCGUUUCUUACGCCAGCCUCAAGCGCUGACUGACUCAGACUUCCUCGAAACCCGUUUGGUGUCGGCGUUUGGUCAUUGUCACUCCCCCAUGAUGUCACCUUCCUGUCAUGCGACCAAGACACGCACUCUGUUUGUUGCGCACCGUCGUCCGCUGGCUUUUGUUGCCGGAUGAAAUUUGCCGUCUUGUGGGCCCCUUACUUCCUUCCCCCAUAUCUCUAGUGCCCCCAAGGAACGAUAGGCCAUCGUUAGUCGGUCCUGUGGAAACAUACUCCGACCUCUAGCCAUCGUUAAUCGGUCCUGUGGGAAC